AUGGAUGGAUCUUACCUCACUCACCGAUAUUGCGCGCUCAAGCGGCCCUAUACUGCACACCUAUUACUUCUUGAUUUUUCAAAGGACGAAGUUACAAAAAAUGUUUGGAGGUGGAAAGGUACGGAUGUUAAACUUCAUAAAAUGGGUAGAAAAAGCAUCGUUGCUGCAGUGUACAAUCAAGCUCACCCGAGCCAUCCACCUCUCUACCAUCUCGGUAACUUGAAUGGUGACAAAUAUGUCGCCUCACCUCCUAGUCGAAUGAAGGCAGUCAGCCUAUCUUUUGCGUUUACUUUCUUAUAUUAUUAUUUUCCGCUUCCUACUAAUUAG